UUCUGCGAUCAAAACUUUGCUUUUAGAAGGAUUUUGGAGUGAUUUGACUCGGGAAAUUAAAGGGCAGUUUCCUUUUUUAUCUGUUUUAACUCUCAAUUCUGAGGUUUAAUUUAAUUAACUACACUGUGAUUAUGAUCAUUGAUGAGAUGGGCUGCUCUUGUUUUGUUAUAUAAAGGCCCUCAUGGCCAUCGUCUGCCUUUCCCAAUUAUAAUUGCCGUUUUUCUCCAUUUUUGUUGAAGUUCAUCAAAUUCAAAACAACCCCUUGUUGUCUUUUUUGAGUAAUGAUCCUGAAAUUCUCUUUUGUUUUGUUUCUCCUUUUUUGGGAAGAGUUUCAAUUCUUCGCCAUUUAAAAAGGGUAUUAUACUCUGCAGAAGAUACUGCUGCUUCUGCUUUUCUUUUUUUCCAUAACCCCUUCUGUUAGUUUUUGCCUUUUCCCAAUGUUUCUUUUCGAAUUAUAAUAAGGAACACUUCGAUUGUGAAUGGAAGAGAGUAAUUCAAAAAGCAAGUUCAAGAGGGUUUGCGUCUUCUGCGGCAGCAACUCGGGUCAUCGAAAAGUCUUUAGCGAUGCUGCUCUUGAUUUGGGAAAUGAAUUGGUGGAGAGGAAGAUUGAUUUGGUGUAUGGUGGGGGAAGUGUUGGGUUGAUGGGCUUGAUAUCCCAGACCGUAUAUGAUGGAGGCUGCCAUGUUCUUGGGGUCAUUCCAAAAGCUCUGAUGCCCCAUGAGAUUUCUGGUCAAACAGUUGGGGAGGUAAGAACGGUUUUGGACAUGCAUGAGCGCAAAGCUGCGAUGGCUCGAGAAUCAGACGCUUUUAUUGCUCUUCCUGGAGGGUAUGGGACGAUGGAAGAGCUGUUGGAAAUGAUAACGUGGGCCCAACUUGGUAUCCACAAGAAACCAGUCGGCCUGCUUAAUGUUGAUGGUUACUACAACUCUUUGUUGGCAUUAUUUGAUAAUGGCGUGGUAGAAGGUUUCAUUAAACCCGUUGCUCGAGAAAUUGUGAUAUCUGCUCCAACAGCAAAGGAACUCAUGGAAAAAAUGGAGGUAUCUGACACCCCCAUCCCAGUUUUUACUGAAAGCAGUGAACAUACUCCUUUCCGUGAAAAUGUUGCUCCCCACGAAAGCUGGGAAAUGGAGCACCUUGGUGAUUAUCCGAGCCAUGAAAACAAACCUUGACAGAUAUGUGGUAAUGGGACUUCCCUUGAGAUUCCUGAUGUCAUCCAUCAUCAUUUUUAAUCAUGAAUGGAAACCUGUUGUGAUGGGGCCAUAAGUGGUUCAUGAUUGUGUACUUGUGUUCUUUGUGAUUGGAAUUUUAAUAAAUACCCCUUUCUGUUUAAGAAGUGCUUGGUUUGUGGUCAAUCAAAACACCAAUCAUAAUAUCUAGUGGACUGGUCACCACUUCUUAAAAGGAAAA